CAUCAUGGUAUCAAGGUCAAGGGAUUAAAUGACCUUAAAAAUAUACUUGAUGUCACAAGGGAAAUCAAAUUUUAUUUUGUUAUGCCACCAGAAUGUUUUGAUGGAAUGAAAAAGCAGCCAUUUCAUACCAGAAAAGGGGAAGAUUCAAAAAAACCACCAUCCUGGAUUAAGAAUAAA